AUAAUAUUAACAAAAAUUCUAACUUAGAAAAUGUUAACAUAAUGGUUUUUCGUUGGUUCAGAUCUCUUUUCUCUGCAUCCAAAAAACUGAUUGGCACAGAUCAUUUAGGAAACAAAUACUUUGAGUAUGAAAAAGUUUCUGGUAAAAAAGUUCGUUCUUUUGAGGCUGCUUUAAAGCAUGAAGAUUACAACUCUGGUUUUCUACCUCCAGAGUGGGAAACAUGGCUUAGCUGGAGAUCCCAUCAUCCACCCACUGUUGAGGAAAUUGAGAAGAGAAUUACAAAUACUGUUUUGAUUAAAAAUAGAGCUGCAAUAAAAGCAAAAGCAGAUGACGAGAGUCAGUUGAAAGCAAUUGCUGAUGGAUUGAUUGCAAAAGAAAGUUCCAUCAAAGAAAUUACAAAUAAGCAGUCCAGCAAAGUAACUCAUUCUUCAACCAGCAAUUCAUUUGAACCAGAGGCAUGGAAACCAGGACAGAACUCUUGAUUUUGCAUUUAUUCAUUACAUUGCUACACCAUCAGAAAAGUGUUAAAAGUACAUAAAAAUGUUGAUGGAGAUAAAUAUUGAUGGAGAUAAAUUAAGGUUGUGGUAGAAGUUUCAAAUGUUUAAUGUUAGAUCGUAAUAAAUGAUAUGGAAUCAAAUAGUAGAAGAAAUUCAAACUGGAAAUUUUUAUUUCUUUCUUUUA